UGUGCCUUUCCUUUGGGGUGCUGCCCUGUGGCUGUCUUUGGGGUGCUGCUGUGGGGCUGUCCUUUAGGGUGCUGCUGUGUGCCUCUCCUUUGGGGUGCUGCCCUUUGCCUCUCCUUUGGGGUGCUGCCAGGGUGCUGUGCUGCCCUGUGGCUGUCUCGGGGGCACUGCCAGGGUGCUGUGCUGCCCUGUGGCUGUCUCUGGGGUGCUGUGCUGCCCUGUGGCUGUCCCCGGGCCGUGCUCCAUGUGCGCUGCAGCAGCAGCAGCAGCAGCCGCGCUGUGUCAGCAGCUCCGCGGCGCAUCCAUCGAUCGCGGCCGGGAUCGCGCCGCUCUCGGAAGCGCCGGCCCGGAGCUCCUGCCGGGCUGCUCCUCCCCGAGGAGAGAGCCUGGGAAAGGAGGGAACAACACCUGCUCAGGGCUGCCGGGGAGGCGGCUGCCAUUGUCCCCCCAGCCCGGGUGCAGCAUGACGGAGCGUUCGGGAGCCUGCGCAGCGCUGCAGGACGUGGCCUGGACGGUCCCUGGGGUUUUUGGGGAUUUCUUCCCCCACCCCUGUCGUCCCCCGGGGCUGAGUGCCCAGCCAGUGGCAAAGUUUGGACCCAUUUGGGUGCUCCUAGGUGCUGCCAGGCCAUGGUGCCCCUGCUUGAAGUGACAGGCUUGCUGCUGGUGGCACCUCAUCCCUCUGUAGAGCCCCGGGGAGCCCUGAGGACGUGGCACAAGGCCAGGCCACCCACCUGCAGGCACACAGGGCACCAUGUGAGGGGCACUCAGGCAAUGAUUCCAUGCAGGGAUUCCCUCCAACCACUCUUGCUGGCACAGGCCAGCUCCUGGCUCUUCUCUCCCACCCCUGCGAGGUUUUCUUGGAGGCAUCAAAGGUGGCGGCUGCCAUGGGGCAGCAAGGCUGCGACACUGGCUCAGGACACUCCUUCCUGCCUUGGGUGCUGUCCCCAUGAACCAGCUGUGCCCGUCCCUGUGUCCCAAGCCCUGUGGGAGCCCUCCCUGCACCGGGGCUGGACGGGGGACGCUCCCCGUGGCUGCCAGCACAGCCAGGAGCUGUCCCAGGGCUUGGCCAUAGCCGAGGGCACCGCUCUGCCCCAGGAAGCUCCAGGGUGCUUCUGGUUCACAGCUCGCAGUGGGAGCUGGGGCUCAGCACCCGUGGGAGCUGCGCCUGCAGCUCAGGAAAGGCUCCUGUCCCUGGCUGCAGAGCCUGGCCCCUUUCCUGCCCUGCUUGCAGGCGGAGCGCAGCGGCCAGCGGAGCAGCCCUGACAUGCACCCAGCUUGGCCUCGGGAAGAAGGUUUGAGAGCAAAGAGCAGCAGCCCAAGGGGAGAGCACCCCCGAGGCUGGGCAUGGAGGUCAUGGCCCCUCCCAUCAUCAACGCCUUGAAUGGCUCCUCCGUGAAGCUCUCCUGCACCUUCAACUCCUGCUACAAGGUGGAGAACAAGCAGUUUUCCCUCAACUGGACGUACCAGGAGUGCAGUAACUGCUCAGAGGAGCUGUUCCUGCAGUUCCGCACCAAGAUCAUGAACAAGCAGCUGGACCGCUUCGGGAACCGCGUGGAGUUCACCGGCAACCCCGCCAAGUACGACGUGUCCUUCACCCUCAAAAACGUGCAGCUGGAGGACGAGGGCACCUACAACUGCUACGUCCUGAACCCCCCGGACCGGCACCGGGGCCACGGCAAGAUCAGCCUGAAGGUGCUCACCAAAGAGCCCCCCAAGCACGACUCGACGGUGGCCGUGAUCGUGGGCGCCUCCGUGGGCGGCUUCCUGGCCGUGGUGAUCCUGGUGCUGAUGGUGGUGAAGUGCGUGCGCCGGAAAAAGCAGCAGAGGCUCAACACGGACGACCAGAAGACAGAGGAGGAAGGGAAGACAGACGGCGAAGGCAACCCGGACGAGGGCACCAAGUAAAGCCCCCCUGCCCACCCCUCCCUCCUGUCCCCUGUGCAGUGUCACCCCCUUGAUGUGCUUCCCAGAGCAAGGAUUUCUGUCUGCCCAGAGCAUCCCUCCUUCCAUCCAAACACCCAACCCAGCCUGCAGCAGGGCGCAGAGAGGAGGUCCCUGGAGCCUGGCUGUGCUGGGCAGGGCUGGGGAUAGGGGCUGAAGGCCCUGAGGCUGAGCUGGGACCAGCCUGUCCCCUGCCCUGAGUGCCACUGCUGUGAGGAGGUGCUGGGGACAGGCUGGGACGGGUGAGGGGGGACCUGUGCAGCCCCCACACAUGGAGGGACUGGAGGAGGGGGUGCCAGGAGGGACAGAGGGGUCUGGGCAGCCCCGUGGUGCCCAGACUCAUCCCAAGGUGCUCCUGCUGUGCCCAGUGGCACUGGUGUUGCCAUCCCAAGGGAUCCCGAUAGCUGCCAGUCUCCUCCUUGCAAGCUCGUGCUCCUCAGGGACAGUUCCAGGCUGCUCACAAGCCAGUGGCCAAGGCCAUGAGCCCACCCAGCGUCUUGGAGCUUUGCAGGGUUUUGGAACCAUUAACAGCCCUUGGUGUGCGAGGGAUGGACCCUUCUGCCUCUCGGGCUGGUUUUGGGUCUAAGCACCUCAGCCCAAAGUGCUGGGCUGAAUUUUUUGUGCUGGUUUCCUUCUUGGGGAGGGUGGUUGUGGCGGCAGAUGUCCUGCUGGCGUGUCAGGGGUGGUGGGGAGUGCUGGGGUGAGGCUGCUCGGGACAAGGAGCUGCUGAAAGAGAGAGGAGCUUUCGGGCGCUUGCUGGGAAGGACUGGGCACAACAGCAGGCCCAGAGUCAGGGCAGCUCUGCCAGGCUGGAGCAGCCCUGCGACACUGAGACUGCCUCCUCCAGCCUCCCUGCACAGCACCGCACACUCUAACUGCCAUGGCAAUGCACUGCCAGCGU